AUGACAACGAUCCCAUCGCGACUCGCUAGACUCACAACAUCAGUUUCAUCAUGGGAAGAAGCCAGAGCAGCUUCCUUGGCAGCUUAUAGGGCAUGGUACCGAUCUGCACCUGAUAUAGUACAACUUUACGCUCUGAACGUUUCACCUUCAUUGGUAAGAUUGAAAUUCAGACAAGAUUUCGAAAGGAAUCGAGAUACUGUAACCGAUUUACAAGUUAUGAAUAUCAUGUUAUUGAAGAACCAACAGGAAUUUCAGGAGACCAUGAAUGCGUGGAAACAAGAGCCUCAUGUGAUGCAGUGGUUCAAACGAUAUGACGAUGCAGCACCACCAAAGACUUUCUUAGAGAAAUUCUACGCUAGUAGAGAUGAUCCUGCUCAAGUCGCAGCUGGAAUCUAG